AUGAGGAGAUUGCUCAGUGUCGGGCUCUGUAGCCUGCUUCGAACAGCUGUAACUCAAUCCACCUCGACCUUUACUCCGGCGCGUCCUCCGUCGUUGCCACUAGCUGUCAAAGGUCCUUAUCUGAGUACAUGGUUGCCUGCAGGAAGCAGCGGUGGAAAUGGCGGGUACCUACCAGGCCAAUGGCCAUCAUUCUGGACCGGCCAGUGGCUAGGCUGGGCGGGCAUGAUCAAGGUUGAUGGAAAAACUCUUCUUUGGAUGGGCGCACCCAACGGUUUCAAGGACUUUGCCAAUCAAACCUCCUUUGAGUACACAUCAACGAAAAGUAUCUUCACCUUCAAUGCCGACAAUAAAAUCCAACUCAAGGUCACGUUUCUGUCACCACUUACUCCAACCGACUUUCAGCGCCAAUCACUCCUCUUCUCUUACAUGGAAGUCGAAGUCUCUGCGUUAGAUGGCUCGGAGCACAGUGUUCAAAUCUACACUGAUAUUAGUGCUGAAUGGACAUCUGGUGACAUCGGUGCCAUGGCCGAGUGGGAUUUUGGCACCACAUCAGACGGCAUACACUACCACAAGGUGUGGAAGCAGAACCAGCAGACGUUUAGCGAAGUCAGCGAUCGAGCAGAAUGGGGAAACUGGUACUACGGGACUAAAUCAGUAGAGGGGUUGACGUACAUGUCCGGUGCUGAUGCCAAAGUCCGCGAAACUUUCCACAACAACAGCAAGCUCGACAACUCACAAGAUACCAAUUUCCGAGCAAUCAAUGACCAAUGGCCUAUUUUUGCUUAUUCUCUAGAUCUCCAGAAAGUAGGCUCGGAAGGGAAAAGUCAACUCUUUACCAUCGGUGUGUGUCAAGACGAUGCCAUCCAGUUUCUGGGCGCUGGAGGACUUACGACUCUACCUUCAUUAUGGAAGAGCUAUUUUGCAGAUGAUCUUUCAGCACUUUCAUUCUUUUACAAAGACUAUUCUGAGUCAAUCAAGCUCUCCACUGAGCUCGAUGAUCAAAUCUCAAGCGACUCAAAGGCAGCUGGAGGAGAUGAUUACGCCAUUUUGACAACUCUGGCCGCCCGCCAGGCAUUCGGCGCUACUCAACUCGUCGGAACCGAGGAGAAGCAUUAUCUGUUUCUCAAGGAAAUCUCAUCAAACGGCAACACGCAGACGGUGGAUGUGAUUUAUCCCGCCUCACCCAUCUUCUACUACACCAAUCCUGAGUUGAUGAAGCUGAUGCUCGAUCCCCAUUUCGAAAACCAGGAGAGCGGGCACUAUCCGAACAAGUGGGCAAUUCACGAUCUGGGUACGCACUACCCGAAUGCGACGGGCCAUCCAGAUGGUCAAGAUGAGCCUAUGCCGCUAGAGGAGUGCGGAAACCACAUGGUCAUGGUCCUGGAAUAUGUCCAGCUAUCCGGAAACACCGACUACAUCCGCCAGCACUACAAGAUCCUCAAGCAAUGGACCGAGUAUCUUGUCCAAGACAGCCUCUACCCCGCAGAACAACUAUCAACAGAUGAUUUCGCCGGCCAUCUCGUGAACCAAACCAACCUCGCACUCAAGGGCAUCAUCGGCAUCGAAGCCAUGUCGCGCAUGUCAAGCCUGAUCAACGAGACCGCCGACGCCCAAAACUACACGUCCAUUGCGCAUAACUACAUCUCUCAGUGGCAACAACUCGGUAUCAACAACGCCACCAGCCCCCCUCACGCCAUCCUCAACUACGGAAACGCCAGCACCCACGGCCUACUUUACAACCUCUACAACGACCGCCUGCUCAAGCUCGACCUUGUCCCUCAACAAGUCUAUGAUAUUCAAUCCGCAUUCUACCCCACAGUUAAAGAAAAAUAUGGUGUCCCUCUCGACACGCGGAAUAGAUAUUACACCAAAUCCGACUGGGAAAUCUUUUGCGCCGCUAUCGCGAGUGACGAAACUCGAGACAUGUUUUUGCAUGAUCUGGCGACUUGGGUGAAUGAGACGCCGACAAGUAGGCCAUUUACAGAUUUGUACCAGACGAAUGAUGGAACGUUUCCUCCUGGAAUCGAGUUCAAGGCGAGACCAGUUAUGGGCGGAAUGUUUGCGUUGUUAUUGCUUGACCGGGGUGGGUAUACUGCACCGAAGAGGAUUUCGUGA